AUGGUUGAGUCUCACGUCACUCUUGACCACGAAAAAAUGCAAUUGCCCCCCGAUGGGUUUAAGGAGAGGUCUACUGAAAAGCCCAAUUUGGCUUCUUUUGAAGAGUAUCAAACCUUGUACAAAGAAUCAGUUGAGGACCCUUCUUCUUUCUUUGGUAAAAUGGGUCUGAAGUUUUUGGAUUGGGAGAGGCCCUUUGACCUUGCUAGGUAUCCUGUAUCUACUGAAAAUGAUUUCAAACACGGUGAUAUUCCUUCUUGGUUCAUUAACGGUAAAUUGAAUGCAUCUUAUAACACGGUUGACAGAUGGGCUUUUAAAAACCCCAACAAACCGGCGAUUAUUUAUGAAGGUGAUGAACCUGAUCAAGGAAGGAUCAUCACCUACGGGGAAUUGUUGAAAGAUGUUUCCAAAAUGGCCCAAUGCUUGACCAAAUUGGGUGUUAAAAAGGGUGAUUCUGUUGCAGUUUACUUGCCUAUGAUUCCUGAAGCCAUUGUUACCUUGUUGGCAAUCGUCAGAAUUGGUGCUAUCCACUCGGUGGUGUUUGCUGGUUUUAGUUCAUCCUCUUUGAAGGACAGAAUCUUGGAUGCCAAUUCCAAGAUUGUUGUUACUGCUGAUGAAUCCAAAAGAGGAGGUAAGACUAUUGAAACCAAGAAGAUUGUUGACGAUGCAUUAAAGCAGUGCCCUGAUGUUACCAAUGUUUUGGUUUUCAAGAGAACCGGAAACUCUCAUGUCCCGUUUUUUGAAGGAAGAGAUUUGUGGUGGCACAAUGAGAUGGACAAAUAUGGUCCUUAUUUCCCACCAGUUCCUGUUGAUAGUGAAGACCCAUUGUUCCUAUUGUACACUUCAGGUUCCACUGGAAAACCAAAAGGUGUUCAGCACAAUACGGCUGGUUACUUGUUGGGUGCAAUGUUAACAACCAAGUACGUCUUUGAUGUACAUGAGUCUGACAUUGUUUUCACCGCUGGUGAUGUCGGUUGGAUUACUGGUCAUUCCUAUGUUGUGUAUGGUCCAUUAUUGAAUGGUGCUACAACUGUGGUGUUCGAGGGUACACCAGCUUAUCCGAACUAUUCAAGAUACUGGGAUAUCGUUGACAAGUACAAGGUCAAUAUUUUCUAUGUGGCUCCUACUGCAUUGAGGUUAUUGAAGAGAGCUGGUACCAAGUACAUUGAAAAUUACAAAUUGGAUAGCUUAAGAGUCUUGGGAUCUGUUGGUGAACCAAUUGCUGCUGAAGUUUGGCAUUGGUAUAACGAUAAUGUUGGUAGAGGAAAGGCCCACAUUGUUGAUACCUACUGGCAAACCGAGUCAGGAUCUCACUUGAUGUGUCCCUUGGCUGGUGUCACUCCUACUAAGCCCGGUUCUUGUUCAUUGCCAUUCUUUGGUAUUGUACCUAAGAUCUUAGAUCCUGUUAAUGGUCAUGAAUUGAAUGAAAAUGAUGUGGAAGGAGUUUUGGCAAUCAAAAAUGCAUGGCCUUCGAUCACCAGAGGAAUUUUCAAUGACUAUAGUAGAUAUAUUGAUACUUAUUUGAAGCCUUACCCUAAUCACUAUUUCAGUGGAGAUGGUGCUGCUAGAGACAAGGAUGGAUUCUACUGGAUCUUAGGUAGAGUUGAUGAUGUGGUCAAUGUUAGUGGCCAUAGAUUGUCAACUGCUGAAAUUGAGGCUGCUUUGAUCGAACAUGAAUUGGUGGGAGAAUCUGCAGUAGUUGGUUAUGCUGAUGACUUGACUGGUCAAGCUGUUGCUGCUUAUGUUUCAUUGAAAUCAACUGUUAAAGUUGACGACGUUGAAGCUGUUAAGAAAGAAUUGAUUUUGACUGUCAGAAAAGAAAUUGGCCCAUUCGCAGCUCCCAAGUUGAUUUUAUUAGUUGAUGAUUUGCCAAAGACUAGGUCUGGAAAGAUCAUGAGAAGAAUUUUGAGAAAAGUCUUAGCAGGAGAAGAAGAUCAAUUAGGUGAUAUUUCUACUUUAUCCAACCCAGGAGUGGUUGAACAAAUUAUCAAUGUUGUCAAGUCUGCUAAGAAAUAA